UCCGGGCCACCCUCCGUCCUGUCACUGUCCUGCGGGUAAUAGACCCCCGGGGCCGCCGUCCCGCGGGACCACUGCCGCACGAGCGCCCCGCGCCCACCAUGUCCUGCGGCUUCCCUGUGAGCUUGGCCCGGUCGUAGUUGCCGCGAUGCGCCUGGGCGCGGUCCUGAGCGCGCUGCGGCCUGCGCUGCCCCUCCUGCUCGGGCUGUCCCUGGGCUGCAGCCUGAGCCUCCUGCGCGCCUCCUGGAGCCACGGCGCGGCUGAGGAACGCUGUCUGGCAGCGGGCCCGCCCGCGCCGCCCGCCCGCGGGGCUCCGCCCGAGGCAGCGGAGGGGAGGCCGGGCCUGGGCCACGAGGACUUCAGGCCCCGGAUUGUGCCGUAUUACAGAGACCCCAACAAGCCUUACAAAAAAGUGCUCAGAACUCGCUACAUCCAGACAGAAUUGGGAUUCCAUGAGAGACUGUUUGUGGCUGUGCUGACCUCCAAGGCCACACUGAACACGUUGGCAGUGGCAGUGAACAAGACAGUGGCCCACCACUUCCCACGCCUGCUGUACUUCACUGGGCUGCGCAGUGCCAAGGUGCCCCAUGGCAUGGUGCUGGUGGCCCAUGGUGACGAGAGGCCCAUUUGGCUCAUGUAUGAGACCAUGAACUAUAUCCAUCAGCAUUUUGGUUCUGACUAUGACUGGUUCUACAUCAUGCAGGAUGACACCUAUGCCCAAGCUGAACAGGUCAAGGCUCUGGUGACACACCUGAGCAUUAACCAAGAUGUGUACCUGGGGCGAGCAGAGGAAUUCAUCGGGGGAGAUGAGCAGGCCCGUUACUGUCACGGGGGCUUUGGCUACCUGCUGUCCCGUAGCCUCUUGCUUAAGCUCCACCCACACCUGGACAGCUGUCGCAAUGAGAUCCUCAGUGUACGCCCAGAUGAGUGGCUGGGUCGUUGCAUCAUUGAUUUUCUUGGCAUCACUUGUGUUUCCCAGCUCCAGGGCCAGCAUUAUCACACUUAUGAACUAGCCAAGAAUACUGAACCAGAGAAGGAGGAAGAAGAGGAGUUCCAAGCAGCUCUUGCAGUGCACCCUGUUUCUGACAUGACCCUGAUGUACCGGCUGCACAAGCAGUUCAGCAGGAUCCAGCUGGACAGAGUCUAUCAGGAGAUACAGGACCUCCAGUUGCAGAUCAGGAACCUGACAGCACUGACGCCUGCAGGUGAGGCAGGUGUGACCUGGCCUGUGGGCAUUAAUGCCCCAUUCCUUCCAAAGUCCCGUUUUGAGGUGAUCAGCUGGGACUACUUCACAGAACAGCACCUCUUCUCCUGUCCUGAUGGCUCCCCAAAGUGUGAACUCUCUGGAGCCAGCAAGGCAGAUGUCAGUGAAAUCAUUGAGUCUGCAGUGGAGCAGCUGAACCAUUUGUAUCAGCCCCUGCUCCGCUUCAGCAAGCGGCAGCUGCUGAACGGCUACCGGCGCUUCGACCCCACGCGGGGCAUGGAAUACACCCUGGACCUGCUCCUGGAGGCUGCCACCCAGAAGGGUCACAGUCAUGUUCUGGCCAAGCGAGUGAGCUUGGUACGACCCUUAAGUAAGGUGGAAAUUAUUCCCAUGCCAUAUGUGACAGAGGCCACACGGGUGCAGUUGGUGCUUCCCUUGACAGUGCAGGACCUGGAUUUUGUAGCAAACUUCCUGGAUGUGUUUGCUAUGAACACACUGGACACGCAUGAUAAUGCUUUGCUGACUUUGCUUUUAAUCUACCAUCCCUAUGAUGCCCAGAGAGUUGGUCAGGUGGAUGUUUUUGCUGGAGUCAAAGCCAUGGUAGGAGAGCUAGAGAAACGCUAUGCAGAAGUUAAAAUCCCAUGGAUUAGUGUUAAAACGGAGGUGCCAUCGCAAGUGAAGCUCAUGGAUAUAGUCUCAAAGAAGCACCCUGUGGACACACUGUUUUUCUUGGCCAGCGUCUGGACAGAAAUCAACACGGAGUUUCUGAACCGCUGCCGUAUGAAUACCAUCAGCAAUUGGCAGGUCUUUUUCCCUGUGCAUUUCCAGGAGUUCAACCCUGCACUAGUGUACCGUGGUGAGCAGACGGCAUCCUCCAACACUGACUUCCUGAGAGAUGGGCAUUUUGACAGACAUUCCUUUGCUGAGGCCUGCUUUUAUAAUUCUGAUUAUAUGACAGCACGUACCAAGCUCGCAGCCGAUAUCCUGGACCGAGAUGAGGUGCUGGAGAGCAUGGAGGUAUUUGAUGUGUUCCUCCACUACUCUGGCCUGCACCUGUUCAGGGCUGUGGAGCCAGGGCUAGUGCAGAAAUAUACACUGCGAAGCUGCAAUCCGCGGCUCAGUGAGGAGCUGUACCACCGCUGUGUGCUAAGUAACUUGGAAGGACUUGCAUCCCGCUCACAUUUAGCCAUGGCCCUCUUUGAGCAGGAACAGGCCAACAGCACUUGAGAAAUGAGAAACACCAAGAGCGUCUCAGCACCUUAACACUUGGCACUUUCCAUCCCCUUCCCAGCCUUGCCAUGGGUGAAGGGUAUGUCAGGGGAGGAGGAAGACUUUCCCAGACCCACUCUGAGGCACAUGGGCUGCGGAAUGAGGGUGUUUCAGUAGAGGGGGUUUGGUUUGUUUUUGGGUUUUUUUUUAAAUAAAUUUAAUGUUUUUUUCCAGGCAGAAUAAUGUUGUCACUUGUAAACUUUGCAGCCUCUGGGAUGAGGGAGGUAAACCAGCUGUAGAAUGGACCUUACUUAAAGCUAUGUAAUUCUGCUGAGCAGUGCAGGGAGAGAGUGAGUAUGAGCUGUGUACUUGGACUAAGUUACCUUGACGGUGCUACCCUCAGGGCUGUUGCUGCAUCCUCCUGUGUGUUUAUGCAUUUCACUUUUUCGAGAGGCAUAAACACAGCCUGUCUGGUUUAUCUGGACAAAGCUGUUCAGCCGCUUUCACUUUUGCGGUUUUGGUUCUUCCAGAGCUGCAGUGUUUGAAUAUCUUGGGGAUAUUUAUCCACAUUGAAGGGUGUUUAAAUAUCUUGAAGAUGGAGACUCCAUAGUCCUUC